AUGCAGGUCGCCGAGCCCCCGGGCGCGACGCCCGGCUCCACGCACCGCUUGAGGCUGGCGCCGCCGCCGGAGUUCCGCGUGGGCGUGCCGCGGGGCGCCGCGGCGGGCAGCGAGCUGACGUUCACGAGGCCGGACGGCCUCGAGAUCUGCGUGCCCGUGCCGCCCGGCCUCAAGGCCGGGGACGCCUUCGAGGUGCCGCCGCCCUGCCUCAUGGUGCGGGUGCCCGAGGGCGCCGCGCCGGGGGACACGGUCGCGUUCCGCGGCGGCCCCGGCGCGGGCGAGGCGGGCGAGGAGGGCGGCUGGUGCCGAGCGAAGGUCCCCGAGGGGGUGCUGCCCGGCGGCUAUUUCUCGGCGCGGCUCCCGCCGCCAGACGACGCCUCGAAGAAGCCGGUGGUGGGCAAGGUGGUGGGCAAGCCCACUGCCCGGGCGGAGGCGCCCGAGUGGACGGAGGUGCCGGACCCCAAGACUGGCAAGGCGUACUACUGGAACAAGGCCACGGGCGAGACCUCGUGGACGAGGCCGCCGACGGCGCAGGAGAUGGAGCGCGCGGUGCGCGAGCGGAUCCAGGCGCUCGAGAAGCAGCACGCGGGCGCGCCGCAGAAGGCCGGGGCGCCCGGCUCGCAGGCGCGGCGCCGUGCCAAGAAGUAG